AUGGGUAGUGAGUAUUUGGACCCGAAUGUUGUCAAGUUGGCAAAUUUCCGGGUGUGCAAGGUUUCCAGUUACACGACUGAGUUGCUAGAGAUUCAAGCUGAUAACCCAACAGUGCAUGUCCUCUUUGUCCCUGGAAAUCCAGGUGUUGUUUCAUUUUACAAGGAAUUCGUGGAAUCGCUGUAUGGUUCACUCGGAGGGACUGCAUCUAUUACAGCAAUUGGGCACAUUGCUCAUACAAAAAAGAACUGGGAGCAGGGGCAGUUGUUCUCCUUACAGCAGCAAAUUAAUCAUAAGGUGGACUUCCUUAGCCAGGAACUGCAAGAAACUGAAGUUCCCAUUGUUUUGGUUGGACACUCUAUUGGUGCCUACAUAACAAUGGAAAUGUUGAAGAGAAAGGGAGAUCAGGUGAUAUAUUUCAUAGGGUUAUACCCCUUCAUAAUGGUAAAUCCUCAAUCAAAGAAGCAGGCCAAUAUUGCAAAAGUCUCGAGAUCAUCCAUCCUGAGUUGCCUGAUGAGUUUGAUGGUAGCAUCAAUUGGACUGCUGCCUAAGUGGCUUUCCCAGUACAUAGUGGUACAAUAUAUUGGUAACAGUUCGUGGUCUACUUCAGCUGUCGAGACUGCUCGUGGUCAUUUGCUGAAGUACCAUUUGUUCAGGAACAUGCUUUAUAUGGCAAUGACAGAGUUCAAGGAGUUUUCACAGGCACCAGACUGGGAGUUCAUAAGAAAGAAUCAACGUAAAAUGACAUUCCUGUUUGGUGAUGAUGACCACUGGGGGCCUUUGCAAGUCUAUGAGGAGAUUGCAAAGCAGGUCCCUGACAUGGCCUUAAUGAUAGAAAGGGAAGGCCUUUCCCAUAGCUUCUGUUGCACUGAAGCGGGCUCUAUCUGGGUUGCCAGGCAUGUAGCAAGCCUAAUAAAGAUUCAAACUUCAAGCUCAGCUUCUGCAGCAGAUGAUGGGAAGCUCUCUCAGAUCGCUUAG